AUGGCGGAUUCUUCAGGAGGGGACCAGCCAACCCACCUGGCAACGACUGUUUCUAUCGGUAAGGGUGAGGAAGGAAAUGAAGGUAUCUAUGGGACAUACGAGGGUAGCACAAAAAUGGAACAUAAGGGCGCUAAUGUCGGCAACAUGGGCUCACAAGUAGCUGGUGCAAGCGGCAUACUCGCGCCACCAUCAGCUGGUGCAAGCGGCAUACUCGCGCCACCAUCAGCUGGUGCAGGCGGCAUACCCGCGCCACCAUCAGCUGGUGCAAGCGGCAUACUCGCGUCACAAGCAGCUGGUGCAAGCGGCAUACUCGCGCCACCAUCAGCUGGUGCAAGCGGCAUACCCGCGUCACAAGCAGCGGGUGCAAGCGGCAUACUCGCGCCACCAUCAGCUGGUGCAGGCGGCAUACCCGCGUCACAAGUAGCUGGUGCAAGCGGCAUACUCGCGUCACAAGCAGCUGGUGCAAGCGGCAUACUCGCGCCACCAUCAGCUGGUGCAGGCGGCAUACCCGCGUCACAAGCAGCGGGUGCAAGCGGCAUACUCGCGCCACCAUCAGCUGGUGCAGGCGGCACACUCUCGUCACAAGAAGCGGGUAUAAGAGACAUACUCGCGUCACUAGCAGCGGGUAUAAGAGACAUACUCGCGUCACAAGCAGCGUAUGAAGGCCACCGAUUCUCGUCACAAGAAGCGGGUAUAAGAGACAUACUCGCGUCACAAGAAGCGGGUAUAAGAGACAUACUCGCGUCACAAGCAGCGUAUGAAGGCCACCGAUUCUCGUCACAAGCAGCGUAUGAAGGCCACCGAUUCUCGUCACAAGCAGCGUAUGAAGGCCACCGAUUCUCGUCACAAGCAGCGGGUAUAAGAGACAUACUCGCGUCACUAGCAGCGGGUAUAAGAGACAUACUCGCGUCACAAGCAGCGUAUGAAGGCCACCGAUUCUCGUCACAAGAAGCGGGUAUAAGAGACAUACUCGCGUCACAAGAAGCGGGUAUAAGAGACAUACUCGCGUCACAAGAAGCGGUUAGAAGAGACAUACUCGCGUCACAAGAAGCGGUUAGAAGAGACAUACUCGCGUCACAAGAAGCGGUUAUAAGCCACAUACUCGCGUCACAAGAAGCGGUUAUAAGCCACAUACUCUUGCAACAAGAAGAGGUUAGAAGAGACAUACUCGCGUCACAAGAAGCGGCUAGAAGCGGCAUACUCGCGUCACUAGCAGCGGUUAGAAAAGACAUACUCGAGUCACAAGAAGCGUUUUCAAUAGACAUACUCGCGUCACAAGAAGCGGAUACGAAAGAAAUACUCGCGUUACAAAACACGGGUACAAGGGGCAAAAGCUCGUCAGGAGAAGCGGUUACACGCCGCAGCGAACGCUUACGGGCAACCGCUAAAAGGGCCAAAAGCUCGUCAGAAGAAGCGGUUAGAGGAAGCAUACGCGCGUCAGAAGAAGCUGGUUGA